UAAAUCCUUCUGAUCUCUCUCAGCUCCUCCAUAAUUCCCUGAUAUCUGAGUAGAAUGGACAUGGAGCAAGCUGAAGCACCUCCUUCCAUGGACACAGACGAAGCUUCUGCAUCCUCUUUGAUCUUCAUUGAAUCCCAGGAAGGGAAAAUGAGACUCCUGGAUUCUUGCACCAGAGAUGGAUCAACAGAUAGACAUGGAAAACCUGCACUCAAGAGGAAAACUGGUGGAUGGAAAUCAGGAAAACUGCUGUUAGCCAGUGAAGGAUUGGCUGCACUUGCCUUCACUGGAGUGGAAGUAAACAUGGUCCUUUUCUCCAAGUCUGUCAUGAGAAAAUCAAAUGCAGAUGCUGCAAACUUGUUUAGCACGUGGAUGGGAACCCUCAACUUUUUCCCUCUCGUUGGAGCAUUCCUCAGUGACUCUUACUUGGGAAGAUAUCACACUUGUACCAUCUCCCUCGCUGUCAUGAAUAUUGGAUUGGUGGCAUUGUCCCUGUUAACUCAUGUGUUUAUGCUUGAACCUGAAGGGUGUGGGAGGAUAGGAGAAGUGUGCAACCCACAAUCAAGAAUUGAAGUUGCAAUGUUCUAUGUCUCUAUAUAUUUACUAGCUAUAGGGAGUGGCUCUAUAGAACCUGUACUUGCAACCUUAGGAGCAGAUCAAUUUGAUGAAGAAGAUCCUGAAGAGAGCAAAUCAAAGACCAAAUUCUAUAGCUACUUUUAUGUUGCAUUUAACCUUGGAUCCCUGAUUGCAGAGAUAGUUUUGGUGUAUAUUGAAAAUCUAGGGAAAUGGGCACUUGCCUUUUGGAUAUCUACCUUAUGUGGUUUUGUUUCACUGGCCUUGCUAAUAGCUGGGGAAUACCGAUAUCGCCAUAUCAGACCUUUCAACAACCCUGUAUCCAGGUUCUGCCAGGUGAUUGUGGCUUCUCUGAGAAAAUUAAAGCUUAAAGUCCCGUUGCAUGGAGAAGGAUUGUAUGAAGUUCAUGGAAGGGGUGAGAAAUAUUACAGAAGAAUCUCACAUACAGAUGGUUUUGAGUUUCUUGAUCGUGCGGCUAUUAAGGUUUCAUCAGAAAUGACCUUGUUGCCUGAUAAAAGCCAAGUUCCAAAUCCCUGGAGAUUAUGCACUGUUACUCAAGUGGAGGAAGUUAAGUGUGUUCUGAGGCUUCUCCCAAUAUGGGUUUGCACCAUAUUGGCAUCCACAGUGUUUGUUCAGGUUUUUUCUCUCUUUGUGGAGCAAGGAGCUGCCAUGAAUACCAAGAUUGCAGACUUCCAUAUGCCUCCGGCCAGCAUGACUGCGGUUGACAUUAUAAGCUCGUCUACCUUCAUCAUUUGCUAUGAGAACAUCAUACUUCCUCUAUAUGUCAAAUUGAUGAAAAGAGAACCAAAGCCUCUCAAUGAGUUGCAGAGAAUAGGAAUAGGGAUGGUCAUUUCAAUAAUAACCAUGUUGAUAGCAGGCCUGGUUGAGCAACACAGACUAAGAUAUGCUAAUGGGAACGAAGAGACAAGUUCUCUGAGCAUUUUCUGGCAGAUUCCUCAGUAUGUGCUUGUAGGAGUAGCUGAAGCAUUUAUAUAUGUAGCUCAGUGGGAAUUCUUUGCAUCACAGAUACCUGAUAGCCUGAAGAGCAUCGGGCUCGGUUUAUCCAUGUCCUCAUCAGCCUUAGGCAGUUACCUGUGCAGCAUUAUACUAAGCAUCGUAAUGAAGAUCACAACCAAACAUGGGAAGCCAGGUUGGGUACCACCAAAUUUAAAUGACGGCCACCUGGAUAGAUUUUUCUUCCUGUCUGCUGUCAUAGUUGCAUUAGAUCUUGUAUUGCUCAUUUUCUGUGCAAAGAGGUACAAAGCUAUAGUGCUAGAAAAACUAGAGGAGACAGACAUGGAAGGAACUCCUUUGAGUUGAAGCUAUGAUGUUGAAGAAAUGAAGAACGCAUCCUGUUUCAAGUAAGAACAUUGAAUAUAAGCAGGAAUAGGAAAUUAGAAAUGCACUUCCAAAAGGUGAAGUUUGUUUAAGCA